AGCAGUUCACAUGUGGAUUGGUACAAGCAUGAACUUUAUUCUUCAGUCUCUUUACCCAGUGGCAUGAAUACAAGCAGGAGUGAGACGGUGAAAGAACCACCCUUAAAGCCUUCCAGAAGAUCCCUGCCAUGUCUUGCUCAGAGCCAAACCCACCCACAAAAUCUCAGCAAGCAUUCCUCAUUUCUUCAGUCAAAUCAAGUGAUGCCUUUGCCCCAACCGCAGCCUGUGAGUGCAGAGGGAUCAAGUGCUACAGUCAAUGUAGUAUCAGAACGAGCUAAAGUGAUGGAAACCUUGGAAAGUAAUUUACUCAAGUUAUCCAAUACAGAAUACAGUGAUCCAUUCUUAGACAUAGGAAGAGAGAAAGACACAUAUACAGAUGAUUCAGAACAUGGGAAUUAUGAUUCUCGUACAGAUCAAUCUCUGCUUAUUAAAAGUACACCUACAAGACAGAAACCAGAACCUCGGACAAAGUCUUCAUUGAAGAGUGACAUGUCUGCCCUGGCAACAUCGGGUCUGUUCUUCAAGGAUGGCAAAAAACGUAUUGAUUACAUUUUAGUCUACAAAAAGUCCAGUCCUCAAAUUGAGAAAAGAAGCACCUUUGAAAAGAAUUUACGCGCAGAAGGAUUAAUGUUAGAAAGAGAGCCAGCUGUUACAAACAAUGACAUUAUGUUUGUAAAAAUUCAUUGUCCUUGGGACACACUCUGCAAAUAUGCUGAAAGAAUGAACAUUAGGAUGCCUUUCAGUUUCCAGAGGAAUAUGAGGGAACUGAAAAGCUGGUUGCCCAGAAAUCCAAUGAAACUUGAUAAAGAAGCACUUCCCGACCUGGAAGAAACAGAUUGCUACACAGCUCCUUUCAGCCGAGCACGUAUUCACCA